AUGUUGCAGCCACGGCUCCGACCCCUGGUUGCGGGGUUCACCUCACUCCCCUCAAUAUGUCACAGGGCACUCCCACUACGUACUGCCCGUAGCUAUGCGACCGAGACACAGCGGAUUACCGGCGAAGAAAGCGGUGGCACCUUUGUCGCCCCCUCGGACACGAUCGAACCGGUAUUGAUGCGAACCUACAAGCCACGAACACCCGGUGUGCGCCAUCUGAAACGUCCUAUCAAUGACCAUCUGUGGAAGGGCCGACCCUACUUGCCCUUGACAUUCCCCAAGAAGGGCCAUGGGAAAGGUGGGAGGAAUCACAGCGGGCGGGUCACCGUGAGACACCGCGGAGGUGGUCACAAGCGGAGAAUUCGGACGGUGGACUUCAAGCGGUUCCGGCCGGGGCCGCAUCUGGUAGAGCGCAUUGAGUAUGACCCGGGCCGGAGUGCGCACAUCGCCCUAUUGACAGAGCGAGCAACGGGCGACAAAUCCUACAUCGUGGCCGCGGAGGGCAUGCGGGCCGGCGAUGUGGUGCAGAGUUACCGGUCCGGCAUUCCGCAGGACCUUCUCGACAGUAUGGGCGGUGUCGUAGAUCCCGGUAUUCUGGCGGCUAAGACGGCAUGGCGGGGCAACUGCCUGCCGAUGCACAUGAUUCCGGUCGGCACCUCCGUUUAUAACGUCGGGUCGAAAGCAGAUGGCCCGGCCGUGUUCUGCCGCAGUGCGGGGACGUACGCGACAAUUGUUUCGAAGGAAGAAGAGACCCGCGACGACGGCACGAAGGUCAUGACGGGGAAGCAUGUUAUCGUCCGGUUGCAGAGCGGGGAGAUCAGGAAGGUCAGCAAGGACGCCUGUGCUACUGUCGGUGUGGCUAGCAACAUCAUGCACCAGUUCAGGCAGCUGGGCAAGGCUGGGCGUAGCCGGUGGCUGAACAUCCGGCCUACGGUCAGAGGUGUGGCGAUGAACUCAAAUGACCAUCCUCACGGUGGUGGCCGUGGUAAAUCGAAGGGUCACAAGCACCCAGUCAGCCCAUGGGGUCAGCCGGCGAAGGGUGGUUUCAAGACACGGAAGACGAAUAACAUCAACAAAUGGGUUGUUACCCCCAGGGUGCGGAACAUGGGCAAGCGGAGAGACAAGAACGCGUCUUAG